AGCAUUGAAGAGUCCAAAAGUUUUGAGUCAAAAUGUUGAGUGUUACAGUUUUUUUCGGUUUUAUCGCUGGGUCUUUUGCUCUGACGUUUCUUAAUGGCAAUUGUCCAGAAGUAGGUCCCCUUAAUCCAGUUGAUGUUAAUGCGUUGGCUGGAGACUGGUGGUUACUCGAACGCAAUGUUGACAAUUGGGAUAAUGGAGGAAAAUGUGGAAAAAAACAUAUAGAUCCACCUAUAAAUGGCACUACAAGAGUUGUUACCAGCCGUGUUUCGACAACAACCAGCGUAACUUCAUUGGUUGAGGCCAAAGUAACUGUUAGUGAAGAUAAUGUAGUACAUUUCCGUAUUCAAGUACCAAUUUGGGGCGAAUUCGACCAAGACCACUGGAUUCUUGAUUCAGAUCCUGAAAAUUAUGUUAUAAUCUGGAACUGUCAAAAUUGGGGUAGACAACACACCGAAGGCCUUUGGAUAUUCGGAAGAAACAAAUCCAUAAGCGGAUUCGACGAAGGAUAUGUAAGACGAGUACUUGGAAAUUACGGCCUCCGUUAUCCGGAGAUGGUUAGAAUUGAUAAUGAAAACUGUCUUUAAUUUUUUAAUGCAAAUAUAAUCUGUAAUUUAUUUAUAUGAAAUCCAUGUACUUUUUGCAAAAAUAGAGAUCCGAAUAUAAUUUUAUGGUCCACAUUAAUUGGGCGAUUAACUGAUAAAUCUUCUGAAUUUUUUUUACAUUUUACCCUACUCUUCUAGAGAUUUUUUAAAUUUUGUAAAAUUUUAACAUAUCUUAUAUUAUGAUAACUGCUUGCUGCAACUUACAUGUUACGCCCCCGAACGUAUGAUCAGAAAAAGAGAUGAUUUUUUAUCUCUCUUCAGCUCAGUGGUUUCCAUAACAACACAAGUGAUU